AGUUGGAAAUGUGAAAGCAAGAAGCAGGCUCGAUUCUCCCCCCCUCUUUCUUUUUUCUCUCUCUGUCUUCUCUCUCCCUCUCCCUCUCUCCCUCCCUCCCUUUCUCUCUCCCUCACACACCUCCAAGCCACAAACCCCCCCACAGCAAUCAUGUAUUCUCCUCUCUGUCUUACCCAGGAUGAAUUUCAUCCUUUCAUUGAAGCACUUCUUCCCCAUGUCCGAGCAUUUGCAUAUACAUGGUUCAACCUACAAGCUCGAAAACGAAAAUACUUCAAAAAACAUGAGAAACGCAUGUCAAAAGAGGAAGAGAGAGCUGUGAAGGAUGAAUUGCUAAGUGAAAAACCUGAGGUCAAGCAAAAAUGGGCAUCCAGGCUUCUGGCAAAGUUACGGAAAGACAUCAGGCCCGAGUAUCGGGAGGAUUUUGUUUUAACUGUCACAGGGAAAAAACCUCCAUGUUGUGUCCUUUCCAAUCCGGACCAGAAAGGCAAGAUGAGAAGAAUUGACUGCUUACGCCAGGCAGAUAAGGUCUGGAGGUUGGACCUUGUUAUGGUGAUUUUAUUUAAAGGUAUUCCGCUUGAAAGUACUGAUGGCGAACGCCUUGUAAAGUCCCCACAGUGCUCAAACCCAGGGCUGUGCGUACAGCCACAUCAUAUAGGGGUUUCUGUUAAGGAACUCGAUUUAUAUUUGGCAUACUUUGUGCACGCAGCAGAUUCAAGUCAGUCUGAAAGUCCGAGCCAGCCAACUGAUGCUGAUAUUAAGGACCAGCCAGAAAAUGGACAUUUGGGCUUCCAAGACAGUUUUGUCACAUCAGGUGUUUUCAGUGUGACUGAGCUAGUAAGGGUCUCACAAACACCAAUAGCCGCAGGAACAGGCCCUAAUUUCUCACUCUCAGAUUUGGAAAGUUCCUCAUACUAUAGCAUGAGCCCCGGAGCAAUGAGGAGAUCUUUACCAAGCACCUCCUCUACCAGCUCUACAAAGCGCCUCAAAUCUGUAGAGGAUGAAAUGGACAGUCCUGGAGAAGAGUCAUUUUAUACAAGCCAGGGGCGGUCUCCAGGAAGUGGCAGUCAGUCAAGUGGAUGGCAUGAAGUGGAGCCAGGGAUGCCAUCACCAACUACAUUAAAGAAGUCAGAGAAGUCUGGUUUCAGCAGUCCCUCGCCUUCGCAGACCUCCUCCCUCGGAACGGCAUUCACACAGCAUCAUCGACCUGUCAUUACAGGACCCAGAGCAAGUCCACAUGCAACACCAUCGACUCUUCAUUUUCCAACAUCACCCAUUAUUCAGCAGCCUGGGCCAUACUUCUCACACCCAGCAAUCCGCUAUCAUCCUCAGGAGACUCUGAAAGAGUUUGUCCAACUUGUCUGCCCCGAUGCUGGCCAGCAGGCUGGACAGGUGGGGUUCCUCAAUCCCAAUGGUAGCAGCCAAGGCAAGGUGCACAAUCCAUUCCUUCCUACCCCAAUGUUGCCACCACCACCUCCGCCACCAAUGGCCAGGCCUGUGCCUCUGCCAGUGCCAGACACAAAGCCUCCAACCACGUCGACAGAAGGAGGUGCCACCUCUCCCACUUCACCAACCUACUCGACACCCAGCACCUCCCCUGCAAACCGAUUCGUCAGUGUUGGACCACGGGAUCCAAGCUUUGUAAAUAUCCCUCAACAGACACAGUCCUGGUACCUGGGAUAAAACUCAUAGCUUCCCACCAUCCACCAGACAGACCACCUGACCCCUUCCCAGCUCUGUAACAUGGAAGCAGCAGCAACACAGCGCAGUUACUUCACAUCCGUGGAAGGGAAGAAGAACUGAUAUCAACAGCAAACUGAUCAUACUCAGAAACGGCAAAAGUUAUGGUUGAUUGACAAAGGCCGUAACAUGGGGGGGAUUUUUUUUUUUUUUUAAAAAGAACACCUUAUUGACUGAUGUAAUUUCUCAUAUGGUGCUGGAAAUGUUUGGGCUUCAUAAUUUUUGAAGUGUUUCAAUUGGUAGUGUAAGCAUUAGGGACACUGGGUAGUAGAGCUAGCCUGCUGGCUGCUUACUGACUUGCUGUUAUAACACUUUCCAUUUGUCGCCUGGUUGUUUUACAGUAUUUUCAUUGAUUUAUUUCCCAUACAGGUGUGAAAUUUCUUGAGAGAUCAUGAGAAAAAGACUUAAAUGAUGAGUUUUGUAGUAGCUGAAUUCUGCAACAUAGAGUUUACAGGACAGACAUGGGGCAUGUUUUUUCUGUAACAUAUCAGGAUUUUUUUUUUAAUUUUACGUCAGCAGUUAGAUAGGUAACAUGAAUCAUAAGAGCAUUAUCAACAGGUUGGUUUUCAUUCACGUUGCAGAGAAAUAUAAAGCAUCAAUCUACUGCUAUUCACAAGGAAAAAGACAAAGGUUUAAAAUGCUGCACUUACAUAAAAUGUUUUUGACAAUUUUCAACAAUUACAUAAAAUCCACACGGAAAUGGGGUAGUUGGUCUGUUUUGAUAGAAACUGACAGGAAUCAAUCAAAACAAUCGAAUUUUGAAUUGAGAAAAGUGCAAUUUCAUUGGAUAGCUAAAUAUCUUUGUAAGAUAGAGAUUGUUGAAAAUUCUAUUUUUGUUUUCCAAGUCCUACCACCCCAGGACUCUAAAUUAUUGGGGUAAAAAACAGCCUUGCAAGAAAAAAGGGGGAGCUAUUUUUGCUUUUUAUGUUUUUUAUUGUUAAACUUGUAUCCCUUUAAAACUGAAGGAAAUUUAAAAAAAUAAUAAUGGUGCUUUUACCACAAUAUGUUAUCUACAUUAAAUGCUAAUUAAUCAUUUUCUGUUAUCAAAGCACAUAAUUAAAAGUAAAUCAUAAUACCUGUUAAUUUUAUAAGCUAAAAGUCACUAUAAUACAUUAUGCCAAUUCUGACAAACUUUAUGUGUUUCCAGCAAUAUAGGGAAUAUCACUUCUCAAAAUACCUUGCUCACAACCCAGCACAGAGUUAGGUGUACUUCAUCCCAUUGGGUGGGUUUAAGCAUACCUAGCCCUGGAUUGAAUUGUGACCCUUGCGGUAAUAAUAGAGAGCUGUCCAGAAAAUGAAACGUCUCUGUGGCCCUGAACUGGUAUUUUUUUUCUGGACUGUAAAAGCAAAAAUAAUAAGACAAAAUGCUGAUUUUGUAUCUGAUGCCAGUUCAAGGUAAGGGCACCCUGGGAAAAAAAGUUCGGACCCCAAAUGUCCUGUAUCUUAUGUACAAAAGAAAAAAAAGAAAAAAACAGGAAAAAUGCAAGUUUUUUUUUUCUAUCAGACAGCGGAGCACCCCUUUGCUUCCCAUGCAACUUUAAGAAGGUUUCCUAUAUUAUACAUAUAUAUACGUUCUGGUUGGCAAGUCCAGCUAAUCAGAGAAAGUCUCUGCAUGUUCUAGUGUUAGUAACUAAUUUUUAUAUAGUUAAUGUAGGGUAAAGUAGAGUGCAUUAAGACACAAUAUUGUAAUCCCUAAUCCAGGCACUUGCCUUUAAACUAUGUUUGUUCAGCCCUUCAGAAGGGUUUCUACUACUGUCCUAUACAAUCAAGUAAACUGAAUUUCUUGGGAAGACACUUUGCUCCUCAUCUUUUCCCUGAAACUAAUUUUUUUUUGUUUUGUUUUCUUGAUUUGCACGAAACAAAAAAAAAAUAUCCAUAUCAAUGUGCCUUGCCCUGGAUAGCGAUUAUUUGUGGAAUUGUUGCACAUGUUCCUAUAUUGAAAGGGUUUUUUCCCUAGUCAAGCAUUUGGAGACACUUUUUUGUAAAUGUGACUUUUAUGUCAGCCAUUGUCAGUUUCAGCAUCUUAGAAUUCAGUAGAAUGUUAGUCGUUUCCACAGAUAGCGGUAGUGUUUUCUUGUCCUGUACGGUCAGUGGCAGUGCUAUUCUGAGAUCUGUAGAUGCUAGAUUAUCAGUAUUUUUGGAUGUUGCUGCAUUUUACAUUUUAUUUGGAGUCUUCCUUUUGUUUUUGUUUUCCCCAGAUAUAUGAAAAUAUGCAAUACCUGCUUAUAUCAUGUAGAAGAAAAGCUUAGCAAUUCUUAAUUUUUCUUUGAUUUUUUUUUUAAUUUGACCAAAGUCAGUGCUGCACUUGACGCAGUGUGUUUUAGGUGUUUGUAAUUUUUUUUUUGGCGAUUUUUGAAUGCACACGCAGGAAGGGCUCUUCUUAGAGAAGCAGUCAAACUGUGAAGCACUAAGCUGAACCCUGCUUCAAGCAAGUUUUGUUUUACAACUGUUCCUUUCACAAGCAAGCCUUAAAAAAAACCCUCCCUUUUUCUUCAGCUCCCACACCCAUUUUUAUUAGCAGAUUGCAAUCAAUCCACAUUCAAUAAAAAUAUAUAAUGCCCAUUUUUAUAUGCACGUUUUUAAAACUUCCAAGUUCUGAAAAUUGUUUACUGGUUAUUCUCUAUUUAAGGAAAAAAUGUUUUGAAUUUUCAUAUAUGUCAGAUAAGUGGUUGAGUAGUCAUUUGCUCUGUUGUAUUGUGUGAUUGUUAGUAUUAUGGUAUCACAUCCACUAGCCAGCAUCCUUUGCCUUCCCUAUAGCACUUAGCAGGGCAUUACUUUAUUAAGACAUAUGUGCACUAAAAAAUAAAAAAUAAAAAAAUUAGCAGCUUUCAGUGCUUCACAGUGAAGGGAAAAAAGCCUAGACAAACAUUUUGUCAGAACCUUGCUAUAAGCCAAGGUAUUACCAGUAAAUUGGUUGUAUAUACAACAAAAUUGCACCCUUUUUUAAAAAAACACAAAACAAACUAAGCAAUAGUUUGGGCAGUUAGUUGUUUUUAGUGAGCAUGUUGUAGUCAUGGCCGCAAAGAGACAGAAUCAAAGCUGCCCACUCAGAAGCGAUGUAAUUUGUAUGUUGUAUAGUUUUAUUGAUUACACUGAUUUAUUCUACCCUAUUUUAUAAUGCAGGACUUUUGUAAUGUUGUUUAAAUGAGG